UGCGCAUGCGCGGCCUCGGCACACGUGAAGUAGACGACAUGGAGGAGAACAGAGAAGUUCCGUUGGACCGGGCUCAGGUGAAGAAGGCCGUCCAGGCCCUGCAGGCUUUCCUGAAAUCAAAGUCCAGCGGAGAUGCUCUGCUGCUGGAUGACAACCAGCCGAUCAGCCUGCUCUUCACCCUGUGGAAGAUCCCCAGACAGACGCAGACCAUCCGCAUCCCUCUGCCUCACAGCCAUCGCUCCGACACCGACGACGUUUGCCUCUUCACCAAAGACGAGCCCAGAAUGACGGCGGAGCAGACCCAGAGGUUCUACAAGAAGCUGCUGGAGCAGCGGGGCGUAACAAAUGUCUCACAGAUCAUACCGCUUAAAACCCUGAAGACGGAGUACAAGCCGUACGAAGCGAAGCGGCGGCUGCUGGGAAACUUCGACUUGUUCCUGUCCGAUGAUCGGAUCCGCCGCCUGCUGCCGUCGCACCUGGGGAAACAUUUCUACAUGACUAAGAAAAUGCCGAUCUCCAUCAACCUGCAGAGCAACAAUCUGGGCCGAGACGUCCAGCGGCUCGUCCAGGGAACCAGACUGACCGUCGGCAACAAAGGCAGCUGCAGCAUGGCGCGCGUCGCUCACUCCAACAUGGCGGCAGACGAGGUGACGGACAACGUGGAGGCCGCGGUCCGGACGGUGGCUGCAAAGCUGCGGAUGACGGGCCGGAUGGUGAAGCUGAUCCACUUAAAGAGCGAGAGUUCGGUGGCGUUGCCCAUCUACACGUCUGACCUGAGCCACAUGGGCGUCCUGCAGAGACCCACGAAAAGUUCAAAAACAAAGAAGGUGAAGAAGAACGAGGCGGGAGACGAACAGCAAAAAGAAACAACAAAGGAACAGAAGAAGAAGAAACGGAGGGAGGAAGAGGAGGAAGAGGAGGAGAUCCCACAGCUGGUUCCCAUAGAGACGCCCAGCAAGAAACCCAAAGUGGAGAAAUCGACCAAGAAGAAACCGAUGCAGAAACCAACCAAACCUGCCGCAGCAAAGAAGGUCACCGCGGGGUCAAAGGUCACCAAGGCUUCGAUCAAAGCAGCCAGGAAGGGCGGCAAGGGGCAGGCAGGAAGGAGAAGAGUCCCUAAAGGGAAAUGAUUGUUGGAUUUGAUUAAAUCUGUCGCCUGGAGAAACUUUUCUGUUUGUCUGAAAAUAGCAGCAGCUGAUUCACUUCCUCAUUCAUGACUCGUUCACAGGAAUGAAAAAACAUUUUUGUUUUGAUUGAACAAAAUCAGAAUGUUGAUAAUAUUUAAUCGAUCCUCAGAAAAUGGAAAAAAUGAAGUUUUAUGGUCUUCACUCAAUAUUUUCAUGUAUUUCUUGCUCAUGUUUGAACCUCAGUGGAGACGAUGAAGCUCAGUUUGCUGUUUUACUGCUUUCACCUUAGAAUAAAUGUUUUCAGAUCGUCUCAA